AUGGACGCAGCCCGGGGACGCGGGCCGGGCUGGCCGCGCUGCCUGCGGGCCGCGCUCUGGCUCUGCUGCUGCUGCUGCUGCUGCCUCCCGGGCUCCGGCCGCUGCACCUGGACCCACGCCGGCCUCCAGUACCCCAGUCGAAGGAACUGGUGUUCAUACACUAUCACCAGGACGGUUUCCUGCCAUGUCCAGAACGGCACCUACCUCCAGAGAGUCUUUCAGAGCUGCCGGUGGCCCAUAGGUUGCACUGGAGGCAGCUACAGAACAAUUGUCCGACCAACGUACAAGCAGGCAUACAAGACGGUCACAGCUCUGGAGUGGAAAUGCUGCCCAGGACACACAGGGACAAACUGCGAGGCAGAGAGCGUCAGUUACCUGGAUGCUCAGGAUGCUGGGCAUGGAAGUGCUCCUUUGCGUAGAUUCCCCGUCCGACCUGCAACCUAUUCAGGUUGUUUAAAUUGCAGCAAAAUGUCAGAGGUGUUUGAGCGCCUCAAUUUCUUGGAAGCCAAGGUAGCAACCCUCUCAGCAGCUGAGUCUGUGACUUCCGUGGUACCUGGCAGACGACAGUCCCCUAAGGGAGAUGCCUCAGCAGACUCCCUGGCUCUGUGGGGCUCUCUGGCUGCUCAGGGGAGCCCAGGGGACGAAAGUGUAAAAGCAGGUUUUCCAGGCCCUAGAGACAGGCUGAGGACAACCAUUCCAGGACGGGACGGAAGACUGGCCUCACAAGGGCCUCCAGGCCCAGCAGGUCCGAAAGGAGAUGCUGGUAUCCGGGGGCCUUCUGGUAUUCCUGGCGUUAAGGGUCCUUCUGGACCACAAGGGUUGCCAGGUCCUCCGGGUCCUCCAGGAAAGGAUGGUGGAAGGGGCUUCCCUGGAGAGAAGGGCUUACCUGGCCUCCCUGGUCCCCCCGGCCCACCAGGUCCACCAGCCCCAGCAGGGCCCAAGAUAUCAGAAAUCCCUGACCAAAGGGACCCUCUUCUGUCAAAUACUUUUAUUGAAAUGGGUAUCACAGGGCCAGCUGGCCCUCCUGGGCUUCCAGGGCCAAUGGGUCCUCCAGGGCCAGCUGGGAAGCCAGGAUCUCCAGGGCAUGAUGGAAUCCCUGGAAAGCCAGGUGCUGACGGGACAGCCGGUAUCCCUGGGGACAAAGGAGAGAGAGGACCACCAGGAUAUCCUGGCCACAGAGGCCUGGACGGAGAACGGGGUGAACCAGGCCCAAAAGGUGAACCAGGCGAGAAAGGCGCCUGGGCCAUUAGCUUACAAAGCUUCCUAGAGCAGCAGGCCCAGCUGGAGCUCCUGGCUAGGAGGGUCACCUUGCUGGAAGCUAUCAUCUGGCCAGAACCAGAACUGGGAUCCGGCAUCGGUCCUGCCUCCACUAGCACCCCCAGCUACUACCGGGGGAAGCGUGAUGAGAAUCUGGCAGCCUACAGGGUGAUCUCACGCCAGCACGCCCAGAGGAAAGAGGACAAGAAGAAAUGA